UAUGGAUGCUAAGUGGGACGCUGCGCUGUGCGCUGCCGUACGCCUGCUGCUAUUCUCAACUUUACGGUAGCGUUAAAAAAAAAAAAAAAAAAAAAAAAAAAAAAAAAGCCUGAGUCUGACGUGGAGGCGCACCUCCAGCUCGGACAGACACCAGCGCGCCGAGCCGAGGACGCGCCUCAACACCAAGGACAGGCCGAGCGACCAGACCGGUUCCCCCGGCCGGCGCAGUCCUGCUGAUCCGCGGAUUUAUCCGCGUUUAAAUCCCGCCGAGGCGGCGCUACCGCUUCAAAGGAUCCUCCGAUUUGCUAAGCGCUCAGAAAGAGAAACUCAUCAAAUUUCGACAUGUCCAACACCCAAAGGGACAACGGAGCCUCCACAAACUCAAUAGAGGCCAAGAAAGCAGACCCGAGAUGGAGCGAGAAGAAAUGCUCAUGGGCGUCCUAUAUGACAAACUCACCAACAAUGAUUGUGAUGAUUGGGCUGCCUGCAAGAGGAAAAACCUACAUGUCAAAGAAACUCACACGUUAUCUCAACUGGAUUGGAGUCCCAACCAAAGUGUUUAACUUGGGCGUGUAUCGCAGAGAGGCCGUCCGAGCCUAUAAAUCUUACGAUUUCUUCCGCCACGACAACGAGGAAGCCAUGAAAAUUAGAAAGCAGUGCGCUCUGGUGGCUCUGCAGGAUGUGAGGGUCUACCUAACAGAGGAGUGGGGUCAGAUUGCCGUUUUCGAUGCAACAAACACAACGAGGGAGCGACGAGACCUUAUUCAAGCUUUUGUGAAGGAGAAUGGCUUUAAGGUGUUCUUUGUGGAGUCGGUGUGUGACGACCCAGAUGUCAUUGCUGCUAAUAUCCUGGAAGUUAAAGUCUCCAGUCCAGACUACCCUGAGAAACACAGAGAGAGGGUAAUGGAGGAUUUCCUGAAACGGAUCGAGUGCUACAAGGUCACCUAUCAACCCUUAGAUCCUGAUGACUAUGACAAGGACCUCUCUUUCAUCAAGGUUAUAAACGUGGGCCAGCGUUUUCUGGUGAACCGAGUGCAGGACUACAUCCAAAGCAAGAUCGUCUAUUACCUUAUGAACAUCCACGUGCACUCGCACUCCAUUUACCUGUGUCGACACGGAGAGAGCGACCACAACGUGGAAGGACGCAUCGGAGGAGACUCUGAGCUUUCCCCGAGAGGAAAACAGUUUGCCAACGCCCUGCGAGAUUUCAUCGAUGAGCACAACCUGUCGGACCUGAAGGUGUGGACAAGCCAGCUGAGGAGGACCAUCCAGACAGCAGAAGAGCUUGGUGUGCCUUAUGAGCAGUGGAAAAUCCUCAACGAGAUUGAUGCUGGUGUAUGUGAGGAGAUGACCUAUCAAAUGAUCCAGGAGACCUUUCCAGAGGAGUUUGCUUUGAGAGACCAGGAUAAAUACCAUUACCGCUACCCAGGAGGAGAGUCCUACCAAGAUCUUGUACAGCGCCUUGAGCCAGUUAUCAUGGAGUUGGAGAGACAGGGCAAUGUGCUUGUUAUCUGCCACCAGGCUGUGAUGCGCUGUCUCUUGGCUUACUUCCUGGACAAGGGUGCAGAUGAUCUCCCAUACAUGAAAUGUCCACUCCACACAGUCCUUAAGCUAACUCCAGUCGCGUACGGUUGUAAAGUGGAGAUGUUUUAUCUGAAUGUGGAGGCGGUAAACACACACAGAGACCGGCCUAUUGGUAAAAUCCCGAGGGAGUCUGCUCUCAUACAUCGGCGGAAUAGUUACACUCCCCUGUCCAGUCACGACCAGGUCAAGCGGCCCAGGCUCUACAGCGCAGGCAACCAGCCCUGGUUACCGCUCGCUCCGGCCCCGUCGGCUCUGAUGCCGGAGAGUCUGCAAAGCCAAACUCGGACAGGACGCAGUUGUUUGAUUCCCUGUGCGAAGGAAUCGACUUUGACAGCAGCGAAGAAACUAGUGGCUGUGUCCGCUUCUGAGUGAAGGUUGGAUCCUCCCCCGCUUUCCUUCGCAGCUUAUCAUGAGUUAAACAAUGGAAGGCCUUAUUCCUUUUAAUUACUCACCAUAUUCUCAAUAGUUAUAAGAUUAUAGGGAACAGAAAGGUUCCUGCUUAAGAUACAUGAGAGAGACAUGUGAGCGCACAUUUAUCUCAACCACUCUGUCUCUUCUCUGCAUGUUGAGGCUUUAAACUAGCAACUCUUAUCACUGGUAUCAUACACAGUAGUGCAUGUGCACCAAAGGUUAUUAGUCAACCAACCAAUGCUGUACUUUACAGCUUUGUGGGCAUUUUCUUUUUUUAAAUACAGCAAUGUCUUAGUAAAUGUCAAAUAUAUCGCAGGAAAUAGCGUCUUCACGUAACAGAAUGUAAUCAUUUGAUUUUACAAUAGUGCAGAGUAGGUGAUAUAGAAAUAUUUUUAUGGUAAAGACACUAUAUCUAUAUGUAUGUGCUCUAUAAUUAUUCUGUAGUGGCCAUUCUUUUUGGACAACAUCUGUUACAGCUGACCUGGAAAGACUGCAAACACAAUUAAAAAAAUAAAUUCGUA